AAUGGGUUUAAAAUUCAUCCAACCGGGAAAAAAAACCCCAACACCAGCAAAACCCCACCUGCCCCGAUGCCCUUCGCAUCGAGAAGUUCUCACUGGUUAAUAUUUGGAAUUAUUAUCCCGGUUUUUCCCCUCCCAGGCAGCAGCGGGAGCAGGAAGGGGCCGGCCCAGGUGUGGCUUUAGGACCCAGCGGAUCCCCCAUGUUGGAGGUAGGAGGUUUUUUUUGGGUUUUUGUGGGUUUUUUUAACUCUCAUUUCCAGAGUUUUUGGAAAGCAGAGAGAAGAGACCGAGGCGGUGGGAAAGGGCAGAGCCGUCACCAACUGAUGUGGAGUUGCAAAAACAUCUGGCGCGGUUGGAACCGCCGGACCCCUGCACGGAGUGUUGGGAAAGAGGGAAUCUCGGGUCCCAUCCUGGAAAAGGCAAAGACUCCUCCGUCAUUCCAGCAGGAUGAGAGGGACGGGGCUCUUCAUGCUGUGCCUGCCAGUGCUGCUGGUGCAGGGCCAGUACAGCCGCUUUGAGGGGAUCACCUACCCCGAGCCCGUCCAGUAUUCCCAGUACGACCAGCAGGCAGAAAUCCAGGAUUACUAUGACUACCACGAUGUCACCCCCCGUGCCCCCGAGGAGCAGUUCCGGUACCAAUCCCAGCAGCAAUCCCAGCAGGAAACUGUGCCGGCCCCGACCCCAGCUGCCGCCCCCGAGACCGAGCCCACGGAGCCGGGACCUCUGGACUGCCGGGAGGAGCAGUAUCCCUGCACACGGCUCUACUCGGUGCACAAGCCGUGCAAGCAGUGCCUGAACGAGAUCUGCUUCUACAGCCUCCGCCGGGUUUACGUCAUCAACAAGGAGAUUUGUGUUCGCACCGUGUGCGCCCACGAGGAGCUGCUGCGAGCCGACCUGUGCCGGGACAAGUUCUCCAAGUGCGGGGUGAUGGCCACGAGCGGGCUCUGCGCGGCCGUAGGCGCGUCCUGCGCCCGCAGCUGCGGAGGCUGCUGAGCCGGGACCCCCUUCCCGACCCCAUCCCACCCAUCCCGGCCCCGUUCCCGGCCCGCCGCGAUGCUCCACAACCCGGGAAAGGCAUGGAAAAGAGCCUUUUUUCCCACCGGUUUUUUUGUGCGCGGAAAGAAUUAAACCCAAAAUAAAAACAAAAAAAAAGGGGGGGGAUUUAUUGUUUUUAUGAUUUUCUUUUGUCGUUUUGGAAAAGGGGGGGCUCGGCCCCGAGUUUUCUACAGAGAGAAUCCCACACCGACCGCGGCUCCCGGCUCGUUUUUUGGGGAGGAUUCCCGGUUUUCCAGGGGGUUUUCCAAGGAUUUGAGCGAUUC